CCAUAAACCAUCUUUCAUUUUCUUCCUUAUAUAAAAUUCUCUCGCGAGAUUUCUAUGGAUCCCCAUUUGAUCAUCACUGCCACCUCCAGCGCAUUCGGGUGGCCGUCAAGUCACCGGAAGAUCUAUCUCCGUCGGCGUAAGCCACAAGUUGUGCGUCUCGGCGGGAAAAAUAGUACGCUACGUGGCAGGUUCUCGCUUAAGAAGGUGGUAACGAGGAUGAGACUCAAGUGGCUGAGAUUGUACUACGUGAGGCUCGUGAAGAAGAUCAAAGCGUAUUAUCGUACUAUAGUGAAGGAGUUCGAGGACGCCGGAGCCGCCACCAUCCAGCAGCGCAUGACGGUGGAAACGGCCGCUUUUGCCGCUCCUGGCUUAGGCUUAUCUUUCUGUCCAAUGCUUAAACUGUACCAUUCACCGUCUGUUCUCAACACCCAUCCUUUCCCGAUCUCGUCUCCUCUCUCAUCCAUAAGCCUCACUUGUUGCCCUUGCUUUAUCCCUUCUUCUGAUGAUGACGAUGAUCUCAACAGAUUCUCUCCUGUUUUCGGGGUUUUUGAUGCAGUCGCCAGUCAGAUCUUUAAAUGGUGUUGAUGGUUUCUGCUGCCAAGUGUUUUCAUCUCCAGGACUCUCUAGUAAUUCCCCUGAGCUGUAAUUAUCACGAACUGUUCCCGUUUGAUUGUUUGUCCGAGCGAGUUUCGCUUUUCAGUUAUUCAGCCUGAGAAUAAACUAUCAAUGGCAGA